CUCCCAGGCUGCAGGGGGCGGGUUUGGCCCCUGGCGGCUCCCCGCGGAGCUGGCUGCGAUUCCCUGCCCCGGGCCCGGGAAAGCUGCCGCCAGCCCCCGGUGUGUGCGGGGCGGGGGGACCAGCCCGGGCCGUGCAGAACAGGCCCAUUGGCACGGGUGGGGCGGGGGGACAUUCCCCCUUUUCAGAAGCAGGAAACACCCCCCUGGGCAGGGCUGGGAAAACGGACCAGACUCCCAGUGCUGGAGCCUGACCCCAGUGGCCAGAGGCUGCUGUGAAGUACGAAGGGAAGCUGUCGGGAUUCCUGUCCCCGUCCCCGGCUCGGAGCUCUGCUUCCCGUGUCAGCCUGUGGCUGGCAGGCGGGUGGGAAAUGAGAAGACCCUGCCCUGCUCCGUGUGCUGGGGGGACAAGGAGCUCUCACCUUCUCCACCCCCUGAAGCCUCCUGGCUGCUCUGAGCAGGAUGCCGGUGACCUUCGAGGAGGUGGCUGUGUAUUUCACCCCGGGGCAGGGGGCUCUGCUGGACCCUGCUCAGAGAGCCCUCUACAGGGAUGUCAUGCAGGAGAAUUACCAGACGGUGACCUCUCUGGGAUUCCCCAUUCCCAAACCUGACCUGAUCGCCCGGCUGGAACGAGGGGAAGAGCCAUGGGUCCCGGAUCUCCAGGCCGGUGAGGAAAGGGAGAGUCUGAGAGGCACCCGCACAGGUGAUAGGACAGUGAGUGAGAACAAGGAGGAGAAUCAGCAGGAGAAAGGUUCUGGGAAAGUGGUAUCGCAGGAGAUGGUUUUGAGAAGAGCUGAAGGGAAUUUUUCCCAGUGCUUGGAACAGGGAAAUGCCUGGGGAGAUCGACACAGAUCAGCGAUGCAGCUGGGAAACUAUCCCGGGAAGAAACUUGAUGAAUCCAUUGACCGUGGCGGAGGAUGCAAGGAUCCCAAGGAAAUCACAGUCCAGCAGAAAAGUCACAGUGAAGAGAAACCUUACAAAUGCCUUGACUGUGGGAAAAGUUUCCGUUUCAGUGCAAGCCUUAUUAAACAUUGGAGAACCCACACAGGAGAGAAGUCCUAUAAAUGCCUAGACUGUGGGAAAAGCUUCAGUGAGAAGUCAAACUUUAUUAUGCACCAGAGACUGCACAUAGGAGAGAAACCCUAUAAAUGCCUGGAGUGCGGAAAAAGAUUUAGUCAGAGAUCACCGCUUAUGGCACAUCACAGAUCCCACACAGGAGAGAAGCCCUAUAAAUGCUUAGACUGUGGGAAAAGCUUCAGUAAGAAACCAUGUCUUAUUAUACACCAGAGAAUGCACACAGGAGAGAGACCAUAUAAAUGCCUUGAGUGUGGGAAAAGUUUUAGUCAGAGUUCACACCUUACUGCACAUCGGACACUGCACACGGGAGAGAGACCCUAUAGAUGCCGUGAGUGUGGAAAAAGUUUUAGCAAAAGUUCAUCCCUUAUUCAACAUGGGAGAAUCCACACAGGAGAAAGACCAUAUAAAUGCCUUGAGUGUGGGAAAGGUUUUAUCGAAAGUUCAUCGCUUACUAAACAUGGGAGAAUCCACACAGGAGAAAGACCCUAUAAAUGCCUUGAGUGUGGGAAAAGUUUCAAUUUGAAAUCAGCCCUUAAUAUACAUCAGAAGACCCACACAGGUGAGAAACCCCAUAAAUGCUUGGACUGUGGGAAAACUUUCAGUCAGCGCUCACACCUUAAUAAACAUAGGAAAAUCCACACAGGAGAGAGACCAUAUAAAUGCCUUCAGUGUGGUAAAAGUUUCAUUCAGCACUCAAACUUUAUUAGACAUCCAUGUCUGAACACAAGAGAGAGACGCUAUAAAUGCCUUCAGUGUGAGAAAGAUUUCAAUGCGCGAUCGGACCUUAUUAAACAUGAGAGAACCCACACCGGAGAGAAACCGUAUAAAUGCUUGGACUGUGGGAAAACUUUUGGUCAGAGCUCAUACCUUAUUAAACAUAGGAGAAUCCACACAGGAGAGAGACCAUAUAAAUGCUUUGAGUGUGGGAAAAAUUUCAUUCAUCACUCAGUCCUUAUUAAGCAUCAGAGAAUCCACACUGGUGACAAACCCUAUAAAUGCCUCGACUGUGGGAAAAGUUUUGUUGACAGAACAAAACUUACUAGACAUCAGGCAAUCCACACAGGAGAAAGACCCCAUAAAUGCUUGGACUGUGGGAAAAGCUUCAUUCAGAAGUCACAACUUACUGUACACCAGAGAGUUCACACAGGAGAGAGACCCUUUAAAUGCAUUGAGUGUGGGAAAAGUUUUAUUCAUAACUCAAAGCUCACUACACAUCAACGAACCCACACAGGAGAGAGACCUUAUAAAUGCCUGGAGUGUGGGAAAACUUUUAUUCAUAACUCAAAGCUUACUACACAUCAGAGAACCCACACAGGAGAGAGACCCUAUGGAUGCCUUGAGUGUGGGAAAAGUUUUAUGGAAAGUUCAUCCCUUAUUAAACAUGGGCGAAUCCACACGGGAGAAAGACCCUACAAAUGCCUCGAGUGUGGGAAAAGCUUUAUGGAAAGUUCAUCCCUUACUAAACAUGGGAGAAUCCACACAGGAGAAAGACCCUAUAAAUGCCUUGAGUGUGGGAAAAGUUUCAGUUUAAAAUCAACCCUUAAUACACAUCACAAAACUCACACAGGAGAGAAACCCCAUAAAUGCCUGGACUGUGGGAAAACUUUCAGUCAGCGCUCACACCUUACUCAACAUGGGAGAAUCCACACAGGAGAGAGACGUUAUAAAUGCCUUGACUGUGGGGAAAGCUUCAAUAAGAGCUCAGAGCUUACCAAACAUCAGAAAAUCCACAAAGGUGAGAGACCCUAGAAAUAGCUUGUCUGCAGGAAAAGAUUCAAUUUGACUUCACACAUCAGUGAUCAACACAACAGAGAGACCUUCAGUGUGGGGGAAGCUUCAUCUGGUGCUCCUGGAGUAUCAGGGAUCCACAACUCUGCACAGGGAGAAACCUCUGAGAUGAUCUCGUGUGGAAAAUGCUCCAAGUGGAGCUGACAUCAGAGACUCCUCCACACAGCAGGGAAAUUCUCUCAGGGCCCUGACUAGGGCUGGCCAUGGUGACAAACCCAUUUUCUCAUUCCCACACACAUCAGGGGCAUUUGGCUCCCAAGGAUCCAGCUGCCCAUUGCUGGGGUGAAGAUACAGCAGCAUCAGCUGGUCAGUGACCCUCUGGCUCUGCCUGGUCUAAGCAAACCCCAGGCAGAGGAGAAGCCACGAUCAGCCCGUCCUCCCUGCUCCAGCCUGGCUGCUGAGCUGAUGGGCCAAAGAUGGGGGAAGGAAGAGAGAGAAACUCCUCCAGAUGCUCCCUCUGCCUAGCUGAAGUUCCCCCGUCUCCCUUCCCCUCCCAGCUGGGAUCCCCCUGCCAUGGAGAUGAGGAGAAGGACACUUGGGCCAGGCCCCGCCUUCACUCUAGACCCCUGUCCCCACCCCCCAUCUUCCACCAGCCCCUGGGCUGGGCUCCCCCACUUACCUGGGGCUGUUCCCUGCAGGGGGAGUGUCCCUGGGGGCUGGUAACUCCUCCCCUCCCCCAAUCCGCAAAGGUGUUGGGUUCUGGGGGAUCAAAAAUUGAGGGACCAGGAGGAUGGGUUUUGGGGAGGGAACUGGGGAUUGAAUGGUUGGGGCUGGGAAGCAGGGGGAGCUGGGUGCUGGGGUAUCGAGUGUUUGGGGAUCAUGGGAUAAAAGGCGAGGGAGAGCACAGGGGUAGAGCGGUGCUGCCUCUCCUCACUCUCCCCUUCUGCCCCAUCUCCCUGCCCCCUCUGCAUUCACACAGCACCACUUAGAGGGGCUGAUUCCCACAGAGCCAUUUGGGGAAGGCCGAGAGAUCCCACCUCUGCUUCCGAGCAUUUAUCUGUGGUAGGAAAUGUGGUCGGGAUUAACCAGAGCAUCUCUGUGACCCUCCUCCAGAUUUCCUAGUGUAACCUCACCCUGAGCAUCUUAUGUGUGAGGCUAAGAUAUUGUCAUCAAUAUUUUUAGUAAAAGUCACAGGCAGGUCAUGGGCAAUAACGAAAAAUUCACAGAAGCCCGUGACCUGUCUGUGACUUUUACUAAUAAUAUCCGUGACAAAACGGGGAGAGAGAAGGCUGCAGCACCCAUUGCUGCUGGGGCUCUGGGGUCCCAUGGUGGCUGGGCGAUUGUGGGGGCUCUGUCUGGGAGGUGCAUGGGCCCGCUGCCUCCUGUCGCUCAGAGCUCCGGGGCCCUGCCACCCAUGGCAGCUGAGAGCUGUGGGGUCCCAGCCACCUGUGGCGACUCAUAUAUCUGGAGGCCACCCCUGGGAGCCGGGUGCUGUGGGGUAUCUCCACGGCCUGCAGCAGCUCAGAGCUCUGGGGGGCAGCUCUUUGCUACUGCAGGCAGCAGGGGGACCCCGCAGCUCAGAGCCACUACAGGCUGAAGUCACAGAUUCCUUGACUUGCGUUACCUCCGUAACAAAAUUGAAACCUUACUGACGUGUUCUGACUCCCUCCCAUGAGCAGAGUGAGUGUUAGUCCCUGAGUUCCCCCUGUGGGGCUGGAUUGUCUCAUUCCCAGCUAGUCUCACAUUUCUCCAGGUCCUGCUAACAAGAAUUUAGUGUUUGUUCAUUUUCUGGCUUAUGCACCAGAAUUAACUAGAUGCUAAAAAUGUGGAACUAGUGACAGUAAAAUGUGGUGGUUUACCUUCUGUGCUAUUUCAGGGCUAUGGGAUGAGUCCGAGGGUUUCCUUCCUUCCCCCAUCACCGUCUGCUCUCUACACACCAGCCCCUACUCAGCCAGGGCUGCCUCAUACCUGCAUUGAGUGGCUGCAGCUCCCAGCCCUGGCUCCACAGGCAAAUUCCUCCUGACCUGGAUAGGGGGGGUGUAAAAUGAGUGGAUGGGGGAGGAGCCUCUGGGGGAAGAGGCGAGGCAGGCGUGGGACCUCAGGGGAAAGGGGUGGGGCAGGGCAGGUUCCAGCACUCCUGCUGGAGUGUCUCAGUUUUUUUAAAUUAAAAAGUUGGCAACACAAGUUGCUUGCUGAGAGGCUGUGAAAAAUAUUAACAAACAUACAAAUAUCACUUUUCACAGCAGCAGACUUACUAGCUAGCAAUAAAUAAAUUACAAUGAUUUUGGUGUGUAUCUGGGUAAGGGGACUGUUGGCCCCUUACUGAAACUUAGGACUUUUUUUUGCUUGACCCUUUCCCAGAACCAAAAGCCAGGGGAAGGGCCAAUGGGAAAUCAAGGCCCUGAGAGUAGUCCCCAGGGCCAAUGGGGAGAGGCUAAUGCUCUAGGUCAGCCUCGUUGACAGGGCAGGCAGGCCAAUGAGGGAGUCAGGAGCCCGUUCUCUGUGUGAGCUGGAGCUGCCUGCCAGUGAAGGGCAGAG